CACGCGAGGUGAGAACAUAUUGGUCCACGGUUUUGAGCCAGAAUUUCUUCUUUUCAAUAACAUGCACUUUUCGAUUCAGUCAAACACAUUUUUUAGGAAAAAUACAAGUUUCCCGCACUUUUAAUUUUCACUUUUGUUAUUUUUGUAAUUUUUUUUUGUAGAGAAGUAUAAAACAGUAUCAAAAGCAAACAAAUGUUUUUAAAAUUAUAACAUACGUCAACCAAUUAAUUACAACUAACGUUCAGAAAUCGUUGCGCGUGCUGAAAGCCUGAACAGAUUCUCCCCUAGUUUAUAGCUAUAGAGUGGCCAAUAUAUUCUGAAGAGUCAAGGGUUCUUCUCUCUCUAGGGAUACCAAGAAUUUUCCUACUUCAUUUCUUCACUGCUUUAAAACGUUCUUCUCUAUAUUCACAUCCAAGUCUCAUUUCACUUUUGUAAUCACAUGUUAAACAUAGCUUANNNNCUUUGAUUUCGGCCAAGAUAAUCGCGUUAAUUUCCUUUUUAUGAAAUUCUACCUCCUCUUUCGCGUUAAUUUUCUUUAUUCGAAAGUCGCUUUCCAUUGAAUUCGCGUUAAUUUAAGUCGCGUUAAUUUCCAAUACCUUAAUUUCAUGAAACGUUAAUUUCCUACAAUAAGGUAUACUAAAAUAUUGGUAGAGUACCCUCCCUCCCACCCCCAUGGGGCUUAAAAUGUGACCUUUUUAACGGAUGUACCAGCAGAUCGAUAUUAUGCGGAUGAUGAAAACGGUUGAUAUGAGAGACAUGAUGAUAACGAUGAUGAUGAUAACGAUGAUGAUGAUAAUGAUGAUGAUGAUCUAUUUUGUUUUAGUUUCAGUCCAGUCACGAGAGAGGAGAAAGUCUCUUCAUCCACGCGAGGUGAGAACAUAUUGGUCCACGGUUUUGAGCCAGAAUUUCUUCUUUUCAAUAACAUGCACUUUUCGAUUCAGUCAAACACAUUUUUUAGGAAAAAUACAAGUUUCCCGCACUUUUAAUUUUCACUUUUGUUAUUUUUGUUAUUUUUUUUUGUAGAGAAGUAUAAAACAGUAUCAAAAGCAAACAAAUGUUUUUAAAAUUAUAACAUACGUCAACCAAUUAAUUACAACUAACGUCCAGAAAUCGUUGCGCGUGCUGAAAGCCUGAACAGAUUCUCCCCUAGUUUAUAGAGUGGCCAAUAUAUUCUGAAGAGUCAAGGGUUCUUCUCUCUCUAGGGAUACCAAGAAUUUUCCUACUUCAUUUCUUCACUGCUUUAAAACGUUCUUCUCUAUAUUCACAUCCAAGUCUCAUUUCACUUUUGUAAUCACAUGUUAAACAUAGCUUACUAUAUUUUCUCAACUUACGAAAUUUAAAAUAAAUUGGCUCGCCCUUUACUUUGAACCUAAAAUACUAUUGCUCACUCAAUGAAUUUAUGUAUUUUCUGUUUACGCUUAUAAAAAUUUGCUCAAUUCUGCAGAUUACAGUCACUCUAAAGAUAACCAGGGAUAGAAAACCCAUUGCACCUUCCUAUACUACGAAAGUACCAAGUGGUACCCUGUUGGUCGACAUUCUCAACAAGGCAGCUGGAGCUGAAGGUGCUUUCAACAAAUACGAAAGCAUUUACUACGGUGGCACGUACAAAGGAGUUUUAUUGGGAUAUUAUAUAAUUGCGAUGGACGGAAUCAAACAGGAUCCGGCUACUAAGAGCUUUUGGAUGAUUAUUGACGAAAAAACUAAGGAUUAUACUCCAUGUGGUAUAAGUUCCUACGUGCCUGGAGACGGUUCUACGACUAUCUUUGACUUCAGUCCACUCAAACUUGACAAACCUUGCCCUCCAUACAGAGGCAGUGGAUAUUGCAAGAAAGCUCUUCCCUCUGGCCAGGUAUGUUACGCUCUCCACCCCAACCCAGACCCCCACCCCCAAAUUAUUUACUUUAUCAAAACCAUGGAAAUCAAUCUCGACAUUAGAAACAGCAACAACAGCGAAAAUUGUAGAGAAAAAAAGGCGUAAUACGCGGAAAGAUUGCCUCUGGCCUAAGAGAGUCGUUUUAGAAGAGACCUCGCAAGAAGAAGAAAUGCGUCGUCCUCCUUUUCCUCAUUCCAUACUCGACGCGCGGCCAAUUAGGAGUCAAUGAUUAGGCAUGCGGUACCCGUUCCAUCCGAUCGUACUUCCCAUACAUGAAUUUGGGAUGGGCGAGGCGAGAUCUCGGUCAACUGGGCCAGCCUUAUGACCUUAUGAAGGGGAAAGGGGGAUUGGAGGAAGGGGGAUGGGGGGUGGUGUUGGUACUCCCCUAUAAAAAAUUCGGGAGUACUCGUUGUACCUUUCCAUGUUCUCGUGCUGGAACAAAAAUACCGACCCGAUAAAGCAACUGGAAUCUUCGGGACGAGAUCUCGGUCAACCGGAACAGCCCCAGGAAGGGGGAGGGGGAGGGGGGUGUUGGUAAUCCCCUAUAAAAAAGUCGGAAUAGUCGUUGUACCUUUAAUCCUUUAAUCCCUAAGGGAGUCCAACUUUAAUUUCUCCUUACUGUAGCUCUGCUCAAUCAAACAUGUAGAUCAUGAGAAAAAAGGAAAUAAUCAACAAGUGACAAAGGUCUUGAUUGGUUAACAAAUUCUCAUCAUCAGUACCAUGGGAAAUGUUUGGAAGACAGUGUGGAGAAUAUGCCUGAUGAUAUUGGGGUUUGAAGGGUUAAGGGUUAAAGUUUGAGGGUUGAUAUCGCUGAGGGUGUUUCAAUCUAAAGUAACUGCUAUUAGAAGUACCUUUUAGAAGCUAUUUAGGGGGUCAAAUCGAAAAGUGAUUUGAGCUACGGUCGAACCAGCCUCGCGCGACCACCUCCCGUAACUCUCAUCGGGACGGCCAAAAGAUGACUGCGGCCGCUUGAUAGAGGUUUAAUUUACAAUUCUUUUCUACAAUUAUUUCAGGACUUUGAAUACUGGCCGCUUAAUAGAGGGUGGCCGCUCCACUAUAUUAACCGCAAAAGAGAAGCAACAAAACUAGUGCCAACUCGAGUAUGUAGUGCGCCUGAGACAGCCUAUUAUUAUGCAACUUUUCAAGCAGUCUGUAUUAGCCGCGUUUCGAGUUCGAUUCAUUACAGUUUGCAACAUCCAUGCACGAGCCAUGCAGCUGAGGAAUUUGGGGUACGGUGAUGUCGAGAUUUUCAUUUUAUUCUCCAGUUUGACUAGGUUGUGACAUUGUCUUUUUUUAGAAUCCUCAAAUUUAUACCCAGUUGAAGAUUUUUGAAAAAACUGGAAAGUUCAUUCUUCAAGGAUUGGAUUCGUACAACAAUCAAGACUGCUACUUCAUGGCUUUCCGACUUGCUGCUGAUACAAGCCCUAGAACAGUGGAACCAACUUAUCAAGCCAUAACCAUGAACUCU